CUGCUUCUCAUCGGUACUCACCCAGUCACCCCCUGCGCAUCUGCUUCUCUCCCCAACGUAUCUUCUUCUUCCCUUCCCCCAACACAUCUUCUUCUCCUUCCAUGUAAAUCUUCUCCUUCUUCCUCCUUUGCACAGCAACAACAAAAUCGAGAAGCCCAGUGAUAUCCAUCGCCACUGCUGAUGCGAAGUCCACCGCCGUCACCGCCGGAGGUCUUCUUCUCUUCUUCUAAGGUAAUACCCUUGUUGUUUUUAAGGCACUAUCCAGUUCGAAGGCUGUCAAAUACUUCUACCUACCUAUUCUGUAAUCUGACGAUCUUGUUGCACUCCUACACAUCUUGUAAUGGAGAACGAUUAUGAGGUUCUCUCAUCUUCUUCUUGUUUCUCCAACAAUGACCUUUCGCUUUCACCUACACAAUUGAGUUCUUGUUGUAAGUUGCAAAUAUCACUCGAAAAGACCAAAUAUUGGAUUCCACAGUGCAGUGAUGAUGUGAAACCAUAUAUUGGUCAGACGUUUCAAACUCUGAAGGAUGGUGUGGAAUGUUACAAGUAAUAUGCUGGAGUUACUAGUUUUGGAAUCCGCCUUGGCACUUCUUCAAAAGCUAGGGAUACCACAUUAAAGUUGAAGUGUGUAGUUUGCAGUAGAGCGGGGUUUAAAGAUACUGGCAAGAGUCACGCACCUCAAAAUGGAUGUACUACAACACCUCAAACUCUGCCUGUUCCUCAAAAUGGAAGUACUACAACACCUCAAAUUCUACAUGUGGUAGACCAUACCAGCAUGUCGGUGCUUCUUCUCCUACAAAGAGAUGUCGAGUAUCGAAUCGAAUUGGAUGCAAAGUACGUAUAUCAUUCAAUUUUUGUGGCCGACGUGGAUACUCAAUCUUUGGCUUUGAAGAGCGUCAUAAUCAUCCUAUGUCAUCCGAUUUAGUGAAACCAAUUUUAAAGGUUAACAGGAGCCUUGAUAUUGGUCAUCAAAAAUUCAUUUUGAAUUGUGCUAAAGCUAAUAUUAGCACCAUGAAAUGUUAUAAAUUAUUUAAGGAUUCCGUACGGGGGUAUUCAAAUAUUGGUGCAAUGUCGGUGGACUUUAAAAUUUUCAAAAAGGAUCUGAAGACCUAUAUUGCUGGGGUAGAUGCACAGAUGAGAAUGACCAGCGACUAGACUUUUUUGGACGGACCCGAUUGCGAGAGCAAACUAUUCCAUGUUUGGUGAUGUUGUGUCAUUUGACGCAACUUGCGACACGAAUAGGUACAAUAUGGUUUUUGCUCCUUUCACUGGUGUAGACAAUCACAAAAAAUGUGUUACUGUUGGUGCUGGUCUACUAUUAAAAGAGGAUGUCGAAUCAUAUACGUGACUUUUUAGACAAUUUCUUGAUGCUAUGGUCCGUGAACCAAUUUGCCUCAUGACUGAUCAAGACCCAUCCAUGAAAAUUGCAUUCGGUAAGGUGUUUACAACUAUGUGUCAUUGUUUCUAUAUGUGGCAUAUAAUGUCCAAAGUUUCAUCCAAGGUUGGUCCUAUUUUGAGUAAGAAUUCUGAUUUUAUGUCUAAGCUAAAUUACGUUGUUUGGAGCCAUUAUCUUGAACCCGAAGUCUUUGAGAAAAAAUGGAUGUCUAUAAUGGAUGAAUUUGGUUUGCAAAAUCAUGUUUGGUUAACAAACUUGUAUGAGAUCCGCUGGGAUUGGAUUCCUUCAUAUUUUCGAGACUUGUAUAUGGUCGGCUUACUUCGUACAACGUCACGAUCCGAGAGCGAAAAUAACUUUUUCGGUGAUUUUUCCAAUCCCCACUUUAGCUUGAUUGAAUUCUACAUGCAAUUUGAGAGUGUAAUGGAAUCACAACGACACGGUAAUGCAAAGCUAAGUUCUAAUUCCGAAUCUUAUUUUCCACCGUACAAGACGCCACUACCAAUUGAGAAAUAUGCUGCAAGAGUUUACACAUUGUCCAUUUUUUAUGAUGUCCAGGCCGAGAUAUGUUUUGCCUGUUUUUCUUGUCGUGUUAUAGGUGUGCAAGAAGUGGAAAGUGGCUUAGAGUAUGUAAUAUAUGAUGAACGUGGUUUUCACUUUACUGUUCGAUGUUCACUGGAUGCCUCUAAUUCAACUUGCAGCUACAUAUAUUUUCUACGGCUUGGUUUGGUGUGCAGACAUAUUUUUGUUGUGUUGAAAGACUUCAAAUUCGAAACCACUCCAUCUGAUUUUCUAAAUACACGUUGGUUCAAGAAAGGUUCUAUAAAACCCUUAUUUGAUAUAGGUGAUACAGUUACACAACAAAGUGCGGCCUUGGAGGAAAACAAAUUUGUUAUUAACCAAUUAUGGUCUGACAUACAUUCAUGUGUUGUGAUGGUAGAAAAUGAUUCUUCUCUUUUGCAGCAGUUUUCCAGAGCCAUUACUGAACAAAAGAAACAUCUUCAGUCUACAAUUCAAAAUGCACAUUCUUUAACAAACUAGAAAAGUGUCAUUCAGUCAUUUUUGGCUCGGCAGCACCCACUUCAGUCAAUGUUCUUCAACCCCCUCAAGCACACAAUAAGGGUUUGGGUAAGAGAUGAAUUAAAGGUGCUAAGGAGUUAGUUAAAGCUCAAAGUAAGCGUGCAAAGCGGUUGUGUAGAAGUUGCAAUGAGAUGUCAUUUCAUGAUAGCAGAAAUUGUCCCUAAAAUAAUGUCCAUUGAGCACUUACAUAUGUCUACAUUUUAGUAUCUAACAUUUGUCUUUAUGGGUUACAACCCACCCUCAGACCUUUUACUCUACACUGGUUUGUCUUUUGAAUUACUAAUAUAUUACUUUUAUACCUUUCAAUUUAAAUUUGUUUGCCU